AUGGACCGCAAUGAUGUGUUCCGCAAACCAUCUUUACUUGUUUGUUCACCAGAUCCCAUUCAGUUACACUGUCCCUCACAUAUGUACAUCAAACCCUUGGAAACUAAAGUUAUUUAUAACAUUCAGACAACCGGAGAACCUGAAUUUAUCAGUCCAAGUUGUUCAUUCAAACGAAGUCAACCCGAAAAGAAAAGAAAACAUGAAUUAAACAUGAAGCUACAAGCAGAGUGUAAUCACAAGUUAAACUUAGUAAAAAUGAUUAAACAAAUAUGUGAAGGUCGAAGUAGUUGUGAACUACAGUUAUCCCAAUUAACUCCCAAUUCCAGUCAGUGUUCUGAUGAAAAUAGUGCACUUCAUGUCAUCUAUCAAUGUUUACCUGAUCCCAAAUCAGCCUUAUUUGAAGCAAUUUGUACAGAUACAUAUAUGGAAGUCAAUUGUAAUACAGAGCGGAGUUUAAAUGCACUUGUUAUAUUGAGUGCAAAAUUUGAAAAAGAAAUUAAAUCUUCCGGUAAUAAAUUAACAAGAGAGUGUCCUAAGCUACCAAUUGAAACCCCAGUUGGAUUGCCAAACACCAUUUGUUCAUCAAGAGUUGAUAUUACAGAUUACAUAAGCAGUUCAUGUGACGGACGUACCUCAUGUUCAUUUAGUUAUGUAUGUGUACCUCCCGAAUUAAUCAUUACGGAACAUUUCAUAGACAAUGCUGACGAACGGCACUCAGAAAAACAGAAAACAAAUCAGAGACAACCAAAAGAAAUUCAAUCACCCCGACCGGGAAACAAAAUUUCUUCGUUGAAUCCAUCUGAUGUACCGAUUUUUAGCAACGAACAGUUACCAUAUAUCAGGGCAGAUAUUGAAUCUCGUAUCAAGAAGCCAUUAACAGAAUCAAGAAAACCAUUGGAUUUGCAAAUGAACCCAAGAACAAGUGACAAUUGUAUAAAAAUCAAGAAACAUAUGUGCAGUCAGUCAAUCCGUCUAUUCUACAAUCAUCUCUGA